CAAACGGAGCGUUACUCGCUUGCUCGUUGGAUUCGAGUGUUUCGUUUCGACCAUCAUCAGGUACCUGUGGGUGUUAUGGCGCAAUCUAACGUUCUGGCCGAGGAAAUCAGACCGAGGGCGGUGUAUAGCAUCGAUCAAAUAUUGGGAGUUAGUAGUUCGAGUAAUAUAGCGAAGAGUAUCGAUUCGGACAAUUUGAAAGGCGAAUCGAUCAGCGAAGGGGAACUGAUCGAAGAAUCCUUGGACGAUUCGGGCGAUUCGAGACCGAGGAAGAUCCGAAGAUCCCGCACCACAUUCACCACAUUCCAGUUGCACCAGCUCGAAAGGGCCUUCGAGAAGACCCAAUAUCCCGACGUGUUCACGCGCGAGGAAUUGGCCAUGAGGCUCGAUCUCAGCGAAGCCCGAGUACAGGUAUGGUUCCAAAACCGUCGAGCGAAAUGGCGAAAGCGCGAAAAAGCCCUCGGUCGCGAAGCGGUAUCGUUCAUGCACCCGGUAGACCCCGGUCUACCGGACUACGUCGGUCUACACGCGCCGCCGGUGCAGCACAGCGAUCACUUCUGGCCGCCGGUGCCGUUCGCGCCGAUGUUCAAUCCGACGCUGGGCGUCCACUGGCCGCCGAAGGCGCCCAUCCAUCCGACCUUUCACGCCUUCCUGUCGCAGUACGUGCUGGCGGGCGGCGUGCCGCCCCUCCGUUUCGCCGCCGCCGCCGCCGACGAGCGAUCGCGGAGCUCCAGCCCGGAGCCCGACGGGCGGCGAUCGCCGGCGCAAUUGUCGCCCGACGCCUUGGAGGCGCUGCGAUCGCGGACGCAGGAGAUCCUGGCGGCGGCGACGGCGGCGCCGGCGCCGGCGUCGCCUCAUCGCAAGCUCCACGCCAGUUCGUAGAGCGAUUUUGAAUUGAGAAUGGGCCCGUUUUCGGCGCCACAGUUUAACUUUAGAAUGACUCU